GGCUUGGCUUUGCUCCUGCCAGCGCAGCGCUGCUCCCGAGGCUCCCCGGGGCCGCAUCUUCAAGCCGCCGCGAUGCUCCGCCGGGCCAGCCGCUGAAGGAUGAGCGCCGCUCCCUUCCUCCGCCUGCUGCUCCUGACGCCCCUCGCCUGGGGGCUCCUCAAGUCGUGCCCUCGGCGUCUGGAAUGCGCUUUGCUGCGGCGCGAGUUCUGCCUCCCCGGAUCGUACGCCUGUGGCCCGUGUCUCUCUCGGUUCGUCGAGGACGGAGACGGCCAGUGCGUCCCCAAGGCACGGCCGGCCGGCGGGCCACCCAGCGCUCCCAACCUAGAGGAAGAAGUUGAUUUAGUGGCCGAGGUGCUGUCCAAACAGGAUGAUGCUCAGCGGGAUGGAAGCCCGGCCCCCGUGGGCAAGCACCGCAGGAUCGGUGCGCCGAAGUCCGAGUCCUCCCCAAAGGGGCAGGCGGGACGUCCUCUUGCAACACCUUCCCUUCGCCCAGAGGCCAUCCAAAGGACUCCAGUGGGAAAGCCGCUCUCGUCGAAUGACGCUCUCAUACUGGGGAUGAUUGUCGUAUGUACGGCCGCGGGAAUCGCAGCUCUGGUGGUCGCCGCCGUCUGCUGGUGCAGGCUGCAAAAGGAAAUACGCCUCGCUCAGAAAGCCGACUACCCAGCUCAGAAACUCCCGGGCCCUCCGUCGUAUGACAAGACCUCGCCUGGCGACAAGAAAUUGGCGCAGAGUGCCCAGAUGUACCACUACCAACACCAGAAACAACAGAUGCUCUCCAUGGAGAAGACUAAAGAGGAGGCCAAAGGUCCGGAAUCUGCAUCUUCGGACGAAGAAAACGAAGACGGGGACUUCACCGUCUACGAGUGUCCAGGCCUUGCUCCCACGGGCGAAAUGGAAGUGAAGAACCCUCUCUUUGACGACGCCUCGCUGCGUUCCCCGCCCACCGAUUCGCACCCGUGACCAAGCAUGUUGUGGACCGCCUCUGCCCAGCCUUGGGUGCGGGAACCUCCCAAAGUGCCGGCAUCCUCACUACCUAAAGAAAGACUCUCCUUUGCAGCGCCUCCCGAACCGGCAUCUCCCCUCCCCACGCCAACAAAUGACUCUCUGAAAUAAAUGCACACGAUUGGCCGCUGGGGAGGGCGGGCG